ACCAACAAAUUUCACGCUCUCUCUCACCCCAUUCUCCAAUUCCAAACCCUAUUUCAUUUUCUUCUUUCCACUGUGCCUCAUAACUCACAUAGUCACAUUCAAGUUCUACGGUAAUUAACUAAAAAACUAGCAAAUGCAUUGCUAAGAUUUUUUUGAAUGUAAAUGCAAUUUCAAUUUUAAUUGCAUUUACAUUUGCAUUUUCAACAAACUUCAACAACUCCAACAAUGCCUUUCUCUAGAAGCAUUCCAAUCCCAACCUCUAUUAGUUCUCCAGAACCGCGUGCGCAUUAUUUAAACCUCACUUUACAUUACGACAAAUUCAAACCCUUUCAUUCCGUUUCACUCUCUCUCCGUAACCGCAUUCCUUCUAGAAUCUUCUCCGAUGCUCAUUCUCCGUCUUUUCUCUCCUUCUCGCCGCCGCCUCACUCUUCCUCCUCCGUCGCAGGAGAUAGUCAGUUGAAAGCUCAAUUUUCAAGGGAUGAGAUCCGCAUUGAUGCAUGUGGUGAAAGUUCUGAACAUCUGCGAGAAUGGUUAUCGUUUCCUGAUUAUGGACCUAAAACUGAUAUAGGAAUGCGGAUCUUCUGUAACCGGCCACUGAAUAUGAAGAACAUUGUUGCUGUGGGAUUUGACAUGGAUUAUACUCUGGCACAAUACAGGCCUGAAACUUUUGAAUCCCUUGCUUAUCAACACACUGUUAAAAAGCUGGUUUAUGAUUUGAAAUACCCUAGCGAGUUACUGAGUUGGUCAUUUGAUCCAAAUUACAUGGUUAGAGGUUUGGUUCUUGACAAAAAGAGAGGCAACAUCUUGAAGAUGGAUUGCCACAAAUAUGUUAAAGUAGCUUAUCAUGGAUUUAAAGAGUUAUCAAAAGAAGAUAAAUUUGUGACCUACGGAAAUACGUUAGUAUGUGAUCCUUUUGAUGGGCCUGAUUAUGCUCUAAUUGAUACACUCUUUUCUCUUGCGGAAGCCUACUUGUUUGCACAACUGGUUGAUUUUAAGGACAGAAAUCCUGGAAAGCUUCCAAUGUCUAUUGAUUAUGCCUGUCUCUAUAAGGAUGUUCGUCAUGCUGUAGAUUUGUGCCACCGAGAUGGAACAUUGAAGCAACAGGUUGCAAAAGAUCCCGGAAGGUAUAUCAAUGAAGACACCUCAAUAGUUCCCAUGCUUAAAAUGCUUAGAGAUUCUGGACGAGCUACAUUUUUGGUGACAAACAGUUUAUGGGACUAUACGAACGUUGUCAUGAAUUUCCUCUGUAGAUCUAGUGGAGUAAACGACAGUACCAAUUUGGACUGGCUUCAAUACUUUGAUGUCAUAAUCACUGGAAGUGCAAAGCCAAGCUUUUUUCUUGAGGGAAAUCAUGCUAACCUGUUUGAGGUUGAGCCUGAGAGUGGAAAGUUACUUAACACAGAUAAUGGCUCUCCUAUGCCUCAGGUGGGUAAUAUAUCAGCAGGGUUAUUGAUGAAAGAAAAGGACCGUAAGGUUUUCCAGGGAGGCAGCGUCAAUCACUUACAUAAUCUACUUUCAAUAGAAUCAAGUUCACAGGUUCUAUAUGUCGGAGAUCAUAUUUAUGGAGAUAUACUACGCAGCAAAAAGGUUCUCGGAUGGAGAACAAUGUUAGUAAUCCCAGAGCUUGAGAGGGAGGUUCAAGUCCUCUCGGAAUUAAGGGAUUUUCGCAAGGAUCUUCAAAUUUUGAGGAGCAAGGAUGAUUGCAUUGCAGAUAAAAUGCACCAUUUGAAUCGGUCUCUCAAGUUAGAGAAUCCAGAUGACCAUACCAAGCAGAAAUUGAAUUCAAAACUUGAUGAAUUGAAGCUUGAAAGAGAGAUAGUGCUGUCGAGUCAUCAAGAAGCGCUAAGAAAAUUACACCAAAAGUUUCAUGAGCCUUGGGGCCAGCUGAUGAAGACUGGUUAUCAGAACUCUCGCUUUGCUCAUCAGGUUGAGAGAUUUGCUUGUCUUUAUACAAGCCAAGUAUCUAACUUGGGCUUGUUAUCUUUAGACAAGUACUAUAGACCCAGUGAAGAUUUUAUGCAACAUGAAUUUGGCAUUUUGGAAAGCUAAGCUCUGCUACUGUAUGCUUUAUACCUUCCCUGGAAUAUUUUUGUUAGAAAAUAUAGUAAUUACUUGGUUUAAUUAUUGCUGUUGUUCUGGAAGUAUAUUAGUUUUAACACAGGGUUGUAAUUUUGUUUUUCCUCCCUUUGUUUGAUAGUAAUAGGGACAGCAGCAAUGGACAAAGAAGGCACGGGUAAUAACUCUGCCACUUUCCUUGCUGUUGAAAAUCAUCCCAUUUUCAUUGAUAUCCCAUCUUGGAUUGGCAUGAAUAUAAUAUCUAUUGAUAUGUAUAUUGAAAUAUGAAGAAAAAAAAUUAAAACGGGUUUCGAUGGAUAUCCAUGUACACCCAUAACCAUUGAUAUAUAUGAAAAAUAUAUUAAAAUAAUGAAAACAGUAGUUUAGAGUCUCUAAAACACUUAAAUUAUAUAACGAUCUGUGCCAAAAAUUGCACUAUAGUAUAUGAGCAAAUUUUCUUACUAAAAGUUGUAAUAAUCUAGUUAAUACGGUAUAGCGUAAAAAUGUUAGGAUUUGGGCUUUAGGUCAACAGAUGUG